GCUGGCACGGGCACUGCUGCCUUGGCGUUGAGACUAAUUAUAUUGACUCCUCAGAGCAUGACACUGGCUUCGGCUCUGUGCCUGGGAUAAUAAUAAGUGAUGAGUAAAAGAAUGUAUACUAUGCUUUAUUUUUCGUAGUAUACACAAACCACUGAAUUAAUGUCCCAAAUAACAGCACCAGUAAUGGUUGACAGGGGCAUCCGUCAUAAUGUAAAUAAAUGACGCAGUUUGGACUGCGGGUGCCAUUGGUGACUUGCAAUAGAGUUUGUGUUCCCACCUGUUGGGUCGAGCCUCGCCCAGUUGUCCUGAGACAGUGCUUGAGACAGCGGCUGCGUGUGUGUGGCAGGAUUUAGCGUACACUAUUACUUCACGUCUUGUGCGAGUGACUACGCUGCUUUCAUCGGCCCGGCCAGCCUGAUGUGACGAUGGGACUAUCGCAUCGUAUAGCUUUCCGUCUUUACGCAGCCAAUUUUUACGCCAAACGCCUGCACUCCCUCCCGCCUGUUGCUGCCUCAUUCCUUCUCAUCGGAAAGGGCCGGAAUCGGUGCCCACAGCGUCAACGUCACCCACUUAUCGCGGCGACGCUUCUCUUCUUACUAGUGCUUCCUUGGACACUGACUCAGCAGCAGGGUCAGCAGGCUGCCCUGCUCAUGGCUGCCCUUAGCGUCAUCACGGUGCUAUUGAUAUGUGGUUUGCAAACCACCGCAGCCAUCCCGCCUGAGCUGGGCGACGGUUGGUGGACGCGACUCAGUGACAAUUGGUGGUGGCAGGAGUUCCUCCCUCAGGUUCUACUGCGGAUGAAGCGUCGCUUCUUGAACUUUGAAUCUGCAUAUCUAAAGCUGAAAAACUUCUCUCUCUUAAUCAAUCAGCUGGUGUUCUUCACGAUGUGUGAACGCCUAUUGAUGGAGCAACAGAAGUUGACAAGUCUCUACACCUUGAUGUUUUUCAACGUUAUUAUCUACUGCGUUGCUUAUGUUAAGGAAGUGGUGGAGCGAGAGGAUUGGACCAUGUACGUCAACAUAGCGCGGACGUCCAAUGUGCGACACCUGGCGCUGUCCACCACCAAGAUGGUUCUGGAGUGGACGAAAGCCGUGACGUUCAUCAUCACGGUGGUGUUCCUCCUGUUGGUGAUGGGACUCGAGAAAGGUCUCAAAGAUUACGCGCCCACUCCAGGCUAUCUCAUCCUCACCGGCGUCUACUUCCUGGUAACAGAGAAAUUCUCCACCAAAAUAGUUGGUACUUGGUUCGAUAACAAAAAGUUCGAACCCUUUGAGGGGAUGGAGUGUCUGUACUGGCCGACACUGCUGCUCGCCUCUCACCUCACCCUCUCCACUCUCCUCACACUCUUGUGCGUCUCCACCUUCAACUUCAGGCUUGUCCUGCUGUCCAGCUUCACCAAUCUCCGGGUCAAGUAUCGAGAGCUGCGGGACGAUUGCAUCAAGCCUCUACAACACGAGCUGGCCACGCUGUCCUCCUACCGGCCGGCUAAUCGCUCUGAGGUAAGGCGCCACGACGACGUGUGUGCCGUGUGUUUGGCGCCUAUGAGCAGUGCCCGCGUCACUCCCUGUUACCACCUCUUCCACGGAGACUGCCUACGACGGUGCCUGAAGGAAUCCAACAAGUGUCCCAUUUGCCAGUAUCACCUGUGAUCUCUCAAUGAGCUUGAAGUAAGUUGUGAUAACUCUUCUUUUUUCACUGUUUACAUUAGAGAUUUAGCUAUUAACUGUCAGAAUCUUAUAAUGAUACAAGCUCUCUAUGUACUGGAUGUGAACCAAUUACGGGAAAUAAAUGUCUAUAUUGUCGA